AUGGAUCAACACUCGCGUUUUCAAAACGCCACAGACGUAGAGAUCGAGUCAUUAUUAACGGACAUAGAUAGCAAACACACUAAAAGGGUCAUACAAACGUCUGUCAAGUUAAUGGAGGACUAUAUAGCAGAUUCUCAUACCAGCACCAACAUCGCAGAUAUCUCAGCAUUAUACCGACAACGGAUUUUCACCUAUUUAUUAGAAAAUUUUACGCAGAUAUCCGAAAGGCUAAUGGAAGUCAAGAACAGGGUUACUCUUCCAUCUUCUACUGUGACUAAAGAAGUCAAGAACAGGGUUACUCCUCCAUCUUCUACUGUUACUAAGGAAGUCAAGAACAGGAUUACUCCUCCAUCUUCUACUGUGACUAAAGAAGUCAAGAACAGGGUUACUCCUCCACCUUCUACUGUUACUAAGGAAGUGAAGAACAGGGUUACGUCUCCACCUUCUACUGUUACUAAGGAAGUGGAGAACAGGGUUACUCCUCCACCUUCUACUGUUACUAAGGAAGUGAAGAACAGGGUUACGUCUCCACCUUCUACUGUUACUAAGGACGUGAAGAACAGGGUUACGUCUCCAUCUUCUUCUGUUACUAAGGAAGUGGAGAACAGGGUUACUCCUCCACCUUCUACUGUUACUAAGGAAGUGGAGAACAGGGUUACUCCUCCACCUUCUACUGUUACUAAGGAAGUGGAGAACAGGGUUACUCCUCCACCUUCUACUGUUACUAAGGAAGUGAAGAACAGGGUUACGUCUCCAUCUUCUUCUGUUACUAAGGAAGUGAUGAACAGGGUUACUCAUCCACCUUCUACUGUUACUAAGGACGUGAAGAACAGGGUUACGUCUCCACCUUCUACUGUUACUAAGGAAGUGAAGAACAGGGUUGCGUCUCCAUCUUCUUCUGUUACUAAGGAAGUGAUGAACAGGGUUACUCAUCCACCUUCUACUGUUACUAAGGACGUGAAGAACAGGGUUACGUCUCCACCUUCUACUGUUACUAAGGACGUGAAGAACAGGGUUACUCCUCCAUCUUCUACUGUUACUAAGGAAGUCAAGAACAGGGUUACUCCUCCAUCUUCUACUGUUACUAAGGAAGUCAAGAACAGGGUUACUCCUCCAUCUUCUACUGUUACUAAGGAAGUCAAGAACAGGAAUACGUCUCCACCUUCUUCUGUUACUAAGGGAGUCAAGAACAGGGUUACGGCUCCAUCUUCUAGUAUAGCUUCGUAG